AUGUCUUCCUCGAUGUAUUCAGAACGCGGAGGUCCGAUCAAUGACCCCCUCUCUUUUUUGGGGGACUGGCUGCACGAAGCUCCUGUUUUGAAGCGUAUUGAGCUGCCUUGUACACCCCAACUCUGGACAUCGAGGUUCCUCCAGGAUCUCACGUAUCUCGAUGUAGAUGAUUCAACCGACUAUGGGUUUUCCGAUGUCUGCGAAUUGCUGCAAGCAUUAGAACGCAUGCCAGCUCUGCAAGUUCUACGCCUUGUGAGUUCGGGUAUUCUCAGUCGACGAUCGCCUCGGCCUUCCUUAGUCCUUUCCGAUGUCCACCUUUCCGAGCUACAAGAAAUAGAGCUCUUCGACUCCCAAUCCAAUUUAACUGACCUCUUGGUGCAUCUUCGAUUUCCCUCCUCCACCCAGAUCACUCUGACUUGCCGUGGUGGAAACGGUAACGAUGUCGAUUUUUCGGACAUCCUCUCAGCUCUGAGUAACGGUUCACACUUCUCCCAGUGCAAUGCUUCCAUGAAGGUGGGAUCCCCACUUGCUACGCGGGCCUUGCGAAUCUCCCCCAACUCUUCUAACAAAUACGGAAACAGAAUCCAAUUUGAAGCUUGGUCAGAAGACCCUGAUGCAUUGGAGGACCUCCAACCUAAAGCGCUGUGUCUCGCUACAAAUCCCAGAGUUAGACUGCUUUUCUAUUGGAACUCGCCUCUAGCAGAACCACACGUCUUUCAGACUGUUACUGCUGCUGUCAGAAAGGCGUUGUUUUGUCAAAACUUGAACCUAAUGAUUCUCUUGGACCCCACAACAACUCGACAUGAAUGGGUGCAGCAGAGAUCAAGUUAUCUAGCUGUCUUGAAAGAAUUUGAGACAUCCCCAGCAUUACACUCGAUUUUCACCUCGGGAAUGUACAUGGAGCCACUUCUGACAUUGUUGGAUUCAGCUACAGGUUCAGAGCAAACCGGCACCCGAAAGCCUUUCCCUGCUUUACGCAAGGUCUGGUUUCACGACGCGGAUUUUACGGGAUACGCCGCUGGUCGCGGUUCCAUCAUCGAUCCGCAUUCUCUCUUGCAAGACACGGUCAAAGGUCGGCUGUUGGAUGUUCUGUGCAUUUCUUCCGCUUUUGGCUGGACCAAGGGGCAUACCAGACUCGUGCAAGAGUAUGUGACCACACUCGUUUGGGAUGGGGUGGAAGGUGAGGUCGUGGCUUGCUAG